UUUUAUGUUUACUUUUAAGCUAGCUACAUUUUUUUGUUCUCGAGGUAAUUUUCGCUAUAUUUUUUUAAAUAUUAAUUUUAUUUUAGUGUAUUUUUUUUAUUUCGAGAUUUUUUUAAAUAAAGAGUGUCCUUAUCAUUAGCAUUUUUAUUUUAAUUAUAUGUAUUUUGUUUGUUAAAAUUUUUUUGAAUUAAACAUAAUGAAAGAUGUAAAAGAAACACAGAGGCGGGGGGAGAGGUUUAAUUUGUUGGGUGCUGGUUUGGGCGCCGGCCUUGGAGCGGGCUUCGGUGCCGGUUUUGGUGCAGGCUUAAAUGUUGGAGGUGGCAUUGAAGUCAGCUUUCUCCACAUCCUUGGUGCCGGUUUGGGUGCCGGUUUCGGCGCUGGCUUUGGUGAGGGUUUGGGCGCGGGCUUCGGUGCGAGCUUUGGUGCCGGCUUAGGUGAGGGUUUGGGCGCGGGCUCUGGUGAGGGUUUAGGCGAUGGAGGCAAUGUCGUCAAAAGCCUUUCCUCAGUAUCUCUCUUUGGUGCUGGUGGAGGUGGAUGCAAUGGUGCCUUCGGCGAGGGGGCGGGUGAGGGCGGGUGUGGCUUGGGUGCAGGCUUUUGUGGGACCGACGCGAGCCUUCGUCCCACCACAACCUUUGGGGCUGGUGGGGGCGGAUGCAAUGGCGCCCUGGGUGAAGGCGUGGGUGGAUGCGGCUUUGGUGGGGCCGAUGAAGGGGUUCGUUCCAUCUUUGGUGCCUUUGGUGAGGGCGCAUGGGGUGAGGGCGCGGGUGGGUGUGGCUUGGGUGCGGGCUUUUGUGGGACCGACGAGAGCCUUCGUCCCAUCUUUGGGGCCUUGGGUGAGGGAGCGGGUGGGUGUGGCUUUGGCGGGGCGGAUGCAAGUGUUUCUUCCAUCUUUGGCGUCGGUGCCUUGGGUGUAGGCGCGGGCGGGUGUGGCUUGGGUGAAGGGGAUGAGGGUGGCUUAGCCUUUUGAGAUGCAUCAUUAGGCAAGAAUCCUAAUAGGGGAUCCCCUAAUGAAGUGGUGAAGAGCAUGCAAAUGAAAAGGGCUAUGGUGA